CAAAGAAAAGACAAGACCACUAUUUGCCAAAUGGGGUCCAAACUGCAAACCUUAAACACCACUACAAACCAUUGGCAGUACAAAAGCUUGCUUAGAUCUUUCCUCACCAAGUUGCAACCUGCAACUAGCACCCCACACACCUCUAUUAAAAAAUGAACUAUAUAUCAAAAAGAAAAAAUUAGAAAAAAAAAAUAAAACACUUGUUUCUUCUCUCUUUUUCCCUCCUCCUCCCCCUCUGUUUCACAGCAAAAAGCUUUACUUUGUCCAUCAUUUUUCAUCUAAAAAAAGAAAAAAAAAAGCCAUGUAUCCAUCAUCAACUUCUUCAUCAUCACAAGGUUCGCUGGGUCCAAAUGGAGGGAGCAACACAGGUGGGCUUAUCCGGUACGGCUCAGCUCCAAGUUCCCUCCUGGCUACAACCGUUGAUUCAGUUACAAAUCCCAGCUCACGUGAACUCUCAGCCCUUGGAUCCUCCCACAACCUCCACAUAGGCCCUACAUCAUCAUCUUCAUCAAGAUUCUUCCCUUCUUCAGAAACAUCAUCCCUCACUUCUGAAUCCACCUGCAAAACAUCCAACAGCAAUCCCAGAGAAAAGGGUCCAAAUAUCAGCAGUGGUCUGCAUAGAGCUUUUGGUUUCAAACAAGAUAAUCAUCAAGGGUCCAUUGGUGGUGGUGCUGGAGGUGCGGGUAUGGUAUCUUCAUCUUCUUCUUCUACUGCUACAACUGCUUCGCCUUUGGUUCGUCAUAGCAGCUCACCUCCUGGUUUCCUUAAUCAUCUUACUCAUGCUUGUGCUUCCAAUGAAGAUAAUGGUUUUCCGAUUGCUAGGACCCAUGAUAUCUCAAGAUUGAACUCUCAGCUGAGCUUUACGCAUCAAGAAACUCUUUCCCAGAUCUCUGAAGAGACUGAGAAUGUUGAUAAUGGCCUCAAUGCAGAGAAUGAGAAAAGAAAAUCGGCUCAUACUUACAGCAAUGUAAGUUAUGGAGUAGGUCCUUGGGAAGAUGCCAAUACGAUAAUGUUUUCGAUGGGGCCAACAAGCAAAAGAGCUAAGAACAUGAGCGGUGACAUUGUCAAUCUGAACAGCAUGGAAACUCAGUUUCAGUUUAGCAUGCCUCAGACAAUGCUGGAUAUGAGCUCCAUGGAUAAGUUGCUCAACAUCCCUCAAGAUUCUGUGCCUUGUAAAAUUCGUGCAAAGCGUGGUUGUGCUACUCAUCCCCGCAGCAUUGCAGAAAGGGAGAGGAGAACGAGAAUAAGUGGGAAGUUGAAGAAGUUACAAGAUCUUGUUCCUAAUAUGGACAAGCAAACUAGCUAUGCUGAUAUGCUGGAUUUGGCGGUGCAACAUAUCAAAGGCCUUCAGAAUCAGGUUCAGAGGCUCCACAAGGAACUUGAGAAUUGCACAUGUGGCUGUAGAAAACCACAAGAUUCUUGUCGAGGAGGAAAGAGCUGAAGCAAGAACAGUCAAGCUUGAUAGAAAGAUUUUUUUUGGUAAUGCAAGACAUAUCUGACUGGAUAGCAUCCUUUGCCAGGCUCAAUGUGGAGCCCAAGUUCCAAGCCAUGCAAAUGAGCCAGAAUGAAACCCAGAGUUGCCAGAGUUGUAUAUAAUGAGGCUCUCUCAAGGUUCCGCUGAAGAUGUCUGGUUAUUUUUGCUUUCUAAAAUCCAAAUAAUGCUUCUAAGGGGAUUUCUUAACAACUACUUAGAUCCUUUUCGAUCUUUUGUCCCCCCGAUUUGCAGAGAUGACCUAAUAGCUGGUUUUGGAAGCUCAAUUUUGUUCUGCUCAGAUGUUUCAAUACAUUGGUGUCUCGAUAUCGGUUGUACAUACCAUAUACUUUGGUUCUGUUCUUAGUGUAUCGAAAAUGUCCAAGUAGAUGGUGAUGACCAGUUCUCUCUUUUGUUGUAAUUUCGUUUCGGAUGCUUAAUUUCCAGGCUAUGUUAUUGUUAAUCAGAACCACCUUGGUAACUUGUAACUUUUAGUUAGUAGCUAGUUACUUGUCCAUUUAGAACAUGUGAAGCUGGGAAAAGAUGAUAAUUUUAGCAUAUUUGUUUUGUACUUGGAUUCAUUACUAUUCUACUUUCUAAGGAUGUUUGAUUA